UUAAAUAAUGCCUAUAUUUUUGCUCAUUUUACACUAUAGGGAUAUCUAUGCGAUCCAACAGAAGCUUACGACGAUCUCGGCUGGUCGCGAAGUUUCACUUGAUCAUGCUUGUCAAUACUUUGCACUAAUGCUUCUUUCCGGCCAAGAUAUUCUCAAUGGAAUCGUCGAAAAUGGGCCGCAGUUCCAACAAAUAGACUACAAGAACCUAUUCGAACUGCUGUGCCGGUCACGUCCAGAUGAAAAGGACAAGGUCGAAUGGUACAAUAACCGUCUCAAGGAUAUUCUCGAUGGAGUACCUGUCAAGAUCUGAUACCCAACGACGUAGAUGUCCUUUAAAAGCCGCACCUGCUAGUGCAUUAUUAGCGAUUAUUGUUUAAAACUACGCAAUACAAUUCAAGAGAAGCUGCCUUAGCCGAUCACGAAUAAUGGAAAGUUGUAUUUAUUUUA